UUGUGUGUGUGUGUGUGUGUCUGCGCAUUUGAAUUUGUGAAAAAAGAAACUAAAAUGGCUGCUGAAUCGAACAAUCUCGGAGAAAUAUUGAGGCCCUUUUACCGGAGAGCUUCAGAAGCAGAGGACCGACUGGGAAGACUUGAAGACUUACUGUCAAAAAAUAAAGAACCUGGGAAUGAAAAACAGAACAAGUUAGUGAGUGAACUCCAGUUGGAGCUGGAAAAUGUAAAAGCUGAGAAAGUUGCCGAAAGAGAGAAGGCUAUGAAAGAGGUUCAACACCUUACUACUGAAAAUGCAAAGCUGCAGUAUCGGAUAAUCCAUCUUGUUAGAGCAUUGAAGGAGGCUGAUAGCAAAUUAGCUGCAAAAUGAGGUCCAGUGACUUGUGCUGUACGCCCAACAAAAAUGGUAGUGUCUGGUUUGUUCUGAUGCCGAUUCUCGAUCAACAUGUUGGAAGCCACGAGAACUAUUCGAUUUUGUGAUUGGAGAUACUUGGUUUUUUGCCAGCUUUUGAUGACUUACUUUUUGACUGUAGGUUAAGUUUCUUGAUAGAUCAAUUUGGUUAUCAAUAUGUUGUGCUUGGUAAUUUUUCUCGAAGGAUCCUUGUCCCUUGAUCAUUUGGAAUGUUAUUAGCUUACAUUUGGACCAAAAUUAUAUUUCUUUGCUGGCUGACAUUUGAGUAGUUCCAGGUUUCACCUGUAUACAGUAAUGUUAAUUACCCAAGUUUAUUGUGAACACAAUCUUUUCUCUUGAUAAUUUCUGGAGAAUGCCAAGAAAUCUGAU